AUGAGAUUCUCCGCUGUGAUCAUCUCGCUUGCCGGCUUUGCCGCCGCGCAGGAUGUACUGCCCACGUGCGCUCAAGGCUGCGUAAAUCAAUACACUACUGGCAGCGGCAUUGCUGGCUGCAGUCAAGUCGACGUCAAAUGCAUCUGUUCCAACUCUGGCUUCCUCGACGGUAUCGCAUGCUGUCUCGCCGGCGUCUGUCCUGAAGCGGACCAGGCCACCGCCGUCAAGUACGCGAAGAACAUCUGCACCGGCGCAGGCGUCACCGUACCUGACCAGGUCGUCUGCAAAAGCGCCAGCUCAACACCAUCGGCCACUGCUUCACAAACGAGCGCCGCUGCGUCUGGAGCCACGGCAUCCGGAGCAACAGCGUCUGGAGCAACGGCGUCAGCAUCCGCCACCAACACACCGAAUGCUGCGCCUACAAUGGGACCAGUUGCGCUACUUGGAGGUCUCAUCGCGGCCCUGGUUGCAUUGUGA